AUGGAAAGUGUUUUCCAUGACUAUUAUUACAGGAUUCAACCAGAAGUCACCAUCAGUGAUCUUGCUACCCUCAAGCAGAGUGAAGAUGAACCUGCUCAAGACUUCAUAACCAGGUUCAGGAAGCUCAAAAUGAAGUGCCGGAUCCCUAUGGAAGAAAGACACUUCAUCCAGAUGGCUCAAACCCCCCUCAAAAUAUCUCUGAAAAGAUUUGACGGGAUGCUGUUUGGAGAUCUGGCAGAACUGGUAGAUAAAGCAUCCAAGUACGAGGAGCUGCUUAGGGAAGAACAACAGAAGAGGAACUCUUCCAAAGGCACGUAUUACAAGUCACCUUCUUCUUCAAUACAUCUGGUUGAGGUAGAAUCAUAG